AUGAUACAUGCAGGUCCCGCUAUAAAAGGCAAUGCGUUUGCAGGAAAUUGUUCGUUAGGCGGGCGUUCGCGUAACAAGUCAGCGAUUCCGAUUGAUUCCUAUGCAGGAAUUGCUAAUGCGUUCCCAACCACGAAUGUGGACCCAAAAUGAGAAAAGGGAAACCUAGGGAAACCGUCUGAAACUGUGCAGAAGUGAAACAAGGAAGGGGCAAAUAUUCCCUUAUUUUUCUGAUCCCACCAUGGUUUCCAUCGAAACAGGUUCCGCAGACCAGAAAAACACAAAAAAGUGAGGUUUGUUUAAGGCUGAUCACUGCUUUUUUUCCUGGGGGGACGCAUACUCCUUGACAUUUUGUGAAUCUAAGUUUGGCCUCAUCAAGGGGCAGUAUUUCAAUAUGAGUAGGAAAAUGAGAAUACCCCUAAACAUUUUUUUAAAAGAAAAAAAAAGCACCGAUUAUCUGUUUACAGUACGAUAUGCAAGCCCAGAUGUUUGGAUAUCUGAACCUGCAGUGUGUAUAGCAAAGUUUGGGUACUAAUUUCAGUACCCAAUACCUUUGUGUUCAGAUAAAUGAAUAUUCGUACGAGUGUUUGCAUAGCGGGAACUUCGUAUACAUCAAACAGCAAGGGAGGCAGGAGAGACCUUUAAAGUAAAGUGAGUAGAUUAAAUAUUGUGCUUUGCAUUGUCAUUCCACAAUGUAAAAGCAGAGCCCACCUCUCAAUAAAUUUGCUUUCUUGAGUUUUAUAUAUUGCGUUUUAUCAUUAAGCUACUUUGCCAGGUUUUCCUUAACCAAUCAGUUAUAAUGGGUGGGGUCUUUAUUUUCAACUUUUUGUGCAAUACACUAUUUUGCUGUGGUUAGCGUGCACAAUUCUGAAUAACAGCUUGCACAUCAUCCCUAGCUAACAGGACCAAUGGUCAGGGAUGAUGGGAAUUGCAGUCCCAAAACAUCUGGAGGGCCGAGUUUGGGAAUGCCUGUUCUUAACUUUCAGCAGCAAAAUAAUAAGAAUACCUGUUGCUCCCUCACUUGCCAUGAAAGUAUUUGGGCUCAUGUUCACAUCAUCAGUGUGCCCAGAACAAUUCAUUGAACUGUUUAACAUGUGCAUAUGGACUCUCUUUAAGGGCAGGGGGGUGUUAACUCUUGCCCUCGCUAACGCCUUCUCCAAGAUCUUGUAGUUGCACCAGCAUCCUUUUAGUUCAGCCACAAGAGAAGGGAUUUAUACAGUAUAUAGCUAGUUUAAGGGGACGCGGGUGGUGCUGUGCGUUAAACCACAGAGCCUAGGACUUGCCGAUCAGAAGGUCGUGGUUCGAAUCCCCGCGACGGGGUGAGCUCCCAUUCUUCCGUCUCAGCUCCUGCCAACCUAGCAGUUCGAAAGCACAUCAAAGUGCAAGUAGAUAAAUAGGUACCACUCCAGCGGGAAGGUAAACGGCGUUUCCGUGUGCUGCUCUGGUUCGCCAGAAGCGGCUUAGUCCUGCUGGCCACAUGACCCAGAAGCUGUACGCCGGCUCCCUCAGCCAAUAAAGCGAGAUGAGCGCCACAACCCCAGAGUCAGCCACGACUGGACCUAAUGGUCAGGGGUCCCUUUACCCCUUUACCUUUAGCUAGUUUAAGAUACUGCUCUGUUGCCAUUCUCUGCUGCAGACUAGCUUAGCCAGGUGCCUUAGAUCUGAGUCUAAUGGACCUAUGGCAACCAGACCAGAAAAACAGGACAUGUCCUGGAAAAAAUGGACAUUUGGCAACCCUGCCUUUAGUCUUCACAACUCCCUCAGAGUGGCAAGACCCACCAAGAAGUGUUGCUACGCUCAUGAGGCCUGGCACUCCUGAGCAGACCUUGUUUGUUCUGAUAAAGUUAACGUCACUUCUUCCGUGUGAUUCAUUGCCGGCACGCUUGUGUCCCCGACUGACGCCUCUCUCCCUUCCCUCCGCAGGUACGGCGUGUGCCGGUACGAUGGAAAAGUUUUUCCUGCCUCUUCUGAUGCUUGGCACCAUGGCGAAAGCUCAGCACUGCCCCGGCCGAUGCAUCUGCCAGAACAUCUCCCCGACGCUGACCAUGUUGUGCGCCAAGACGGGCCUCCUCUUUGUCCCGCCCACCAUCGACCGGCGGACGGUGGAGCUGCGCCUGACGGACAACUUCAUCACCGUCAUCCGCCGCAAGGACUUCUCCAACAUGACCAGCCUGGUGCACCUCACUCUCUCGCGCAACACCAUCAGCCAGAUCCUGCCCUACGCCUUCUCUGACCUGCGUGCCUUAAGGGCCUUGCACAUGAACAGCAACCGCCUGGCCGCCCUGAAGAACGAACACUUCCGCGGGCUGGGCAACCUGCGCCACCUCAUCCUGGGCAACAACCAGAUCAGCCACAUUGAGCCUUCUGCCUUUGACGAGUUCCUCUCCACCGUGGAGGACCUGGACCUCUCCUACAACAACCUGGAGACGCUGCCCUGGGAGGCCAUCGGGCAGAUGGUGACCCUCAACACCUUGACGUUGGACCACAACCUCAUCGACCACAUUGCCGAGGGAACCUUCUCCCAGCUGCAGAAGCUGGUCCGGUUGGACAUGACCUCCAACCGGCUGCAGAAGCUGCCCCCGGACAACCUCUUCUUGAGAGCCCAAGUGUUGGCCAACGUGCGUGGGACUCACCCGUCCACCUUGACCAUCAGCUUUGGAGGCAACCCGCUCCAUUGCAACUGCGAGCUCCUCUGGCUCCGUAGGUUGACCCGAGAGGAUGACCUGGAGACCUGCGCUUCGCCGGAACACUUGAUGGACAAGUAUUUCUGGUCCAUCCCUGAGGAGGAGUUCAUCUGCGAGCCCCCGCUCAUCACCCGCCAAUACUCCUCCAAGGCCUUCAUCAUGGAAGGGCAAGGCGUCAGCCUCAAGUGCAAGGCGGUAGGCGACCCAGAGCCCUCCAUCCACUGGAUCGCCCCCGACGGCAAGCUGAUCCACAACACCACCCGCACGACGGUCUUCGAGAACGGGACCCUGGAAGUUCUCAUCACCACCUUGAAGGACAACGGGGUCUUCACCUGCAUCGCCUCCAACGCUGCCGGCGAGGCCACGGCUCCCGUCGAGAUCUGCAUUGUCCCACUCCCCUUGCUGGUCAACAACACGGGUCACAUGAAGGAGCCCGAUCCCGGCUCGUCGGACAUCACCACCUCUGCCAAAUCGGGCGCCAACGACACCAAGAACUACCUGGACAAGAGGAUCGUGGCGGCUGACCUGACGUCCACCUCGGUGGUCAUCCACUGGCCGUCUGAACGGCACAUCCCUGGCAUCCGUAUGUACCAGAUCCAGUACAACAGCUCCCUGGAUGACUCUCUGGUUUACAGGCGAGUGACGUGGGUCGGGGCCCGUUGCACCGUUCGAGUCGCUGCGCCGUGGUCGGGGCGGUGUCCAUGGCUGCCACGUGGAUGGACUUAUGGGCUGGGGCUUGUAUUGCCAUGGGGUAUUAAUGGGUGGGUGUGGGUGGGUGGGUGUUGAGAUAAUAAUAAUAAUUUAUUAUUUAUACCCCACCCAUCUGUCUGGGUUUCCCCAGCCACUCUGGGCGGCUCCCAACAGAAUAUUAAAAACACGAUAAAACCUCAAACAUUAAAAACUUUCCUAAACAGGGCUGCCUUCAGAUGUCUUCUAAAAGUCAAGUAGUUUUUUUAUUUCCUUGACAUCUGGCGGGAGGGAGUUCCACAGGGAGGGUGCCACUACCGAGAAGGCCCUCACUUCUCGCAGGGAGGGAACUGCCAGAAGGCCCUCGGAACUGGACCUUAGUGGCUGGGCUGAACGAUGGGGAUGGAGAUGCUCCUUCAGAUAUACAGGACCGAGACCAUUUAGGGCUUUCAAGGUCAGCACCAACACUUUGAAUUGUGCUGGGAAACGUCCUGGGAGCCAAUGCAGAUCUCUCAGGACCAGUGUUAUAUGGUCUUGGCGGCUUUUCCCAGUUCCCAGUCUAGCUGCCGCAUUCUGGAUUAGUUGUAGUUCCUGGGUCACCUUCAAAGGUAGCCCCACGUAGAGCACAUUGCAGUAGUCCAAGCGGGAGAUAACUAGAGCACGCACCUCUCUGGCAAGACAGUCUGCGGGCAGGAAGGGUCUCAUCCUGCGUACCAGAUGGAGCUUUCAGGACCAGUCUUUCAGGACCAGUAUUAUAUGGUCUCAGCAGCCACUCCCAGUCACCAGAGAGAGAGAGAAAACAAUGUGGUGCUAGAAUUUAUCUUCAUAUAGGAACAGAGUUACGGAGAUGUUGAAGCUGCAGUGAUCUAUCAUGUGAGUUUCCAGCAGGAGGGCUCACUAGGGAGUUGAAAUGUAUUGAGUUUUUGAAAUUGCUCUGCCUCUUCUGAAGUAUGGAAUCAUACUGUUGUGAAGUUGGAAGGGACCCCCGAGGGUCAUCCAGCCCAACCCCCUGCCACGCAGGUGUCACAGCGAAAUAAUCCCUGACAGAUGGCCAUCCAGCCUCUGCUUAUAAACCUCCAAGGAAGGAGAGUCCACCAGCUCCCAGGGGAGUCCGUUCCACCAGGAAGUUCUUCCUAACAUUGAGUUGGGAUCUACUUUCUUGUCAUUGGAAUCUGUUGGUUCAGGUCGUUCCCUCCAGAGCAGCAGAAAACCAGCUUGCUCCAUCUUCCACGGGACAGCCCUUCAGGUGUUUGAAGUCAUCUAUCACGGCAUGUGAUAAACGCAGGUGGCGCUGUGGGUUAAACCACAGAGCCUAGGGCUUGCCGAUCAGAAGGUCGGUGGUUCGAAUCCCCGCGACGGGGUGAGCUCCCGUUGCUCGGUCCCUGCUCCUGCCAACCUAGCAGUUCCAAAGCACGUCAAAGUGCAAGUAGAUAAAUAGGUACCGCUCCGGCGGGAAGGGAAACGGCGUUUCUGUGUGCUGCUCUGGUUCACCAGAAGCAGCUUGGUCAUGCUGGCCACAUGACCAGGAAGCUGUACGCCGGCUCCCUCGGCCAGUAAAGCGAGAUGAGCGCCGCAACCCCAGAGUUGGGCAUGACUGGACCUAAUGGUCAGGGGUCCCUUUACCUUAACCCUUAUCCAUCUUUCAGAUUGGGAAAGGUUAUGGAAAUCUGAUUUGAAAUUCUCGGCACAUUGUACGCUGAAAGGAAACUAUAUGAAAAUUAUGUGCCGGUGGUAUUUGACUCCUAGUAAGGUAGGAUGCGGGUGGUGCUGUGGGUUAAACCACAGAGCCUAGGACUUGCCCAUCAGAAGGUCAGCAGUUCUAAUCCCCGCGACGGGGUGAGCUCCCGUUGCUCAGUCCCUGCUCCUGCCAAACUAGCAGUUCAAAAGCACGUCAAGUGCAAGUAGAUAAAUAGGUUCCACUCCAGCGGGAAGGUAAACGGCGUUUCUGUGUGCUGCUCUGGUUCGCCAGAAGCAGCUUAGUCAUGCUGGCCACAUGACCUGGAAAAAUUGCAGACAAACGCCAGCUCCCUCGGCCAGUAAAGCAAGAUGAGCGCCGCAGCCCCAGAGUCGUUUGCAACUGGACUUAACUGUCAGAGGUCCCUUUACCUUUUUUUAUCAUGGCAUCUCUUAGUCUUCUGAGAGACAUGCCAUUGAACGUAGGGACUGAGCAACCUCCCACUCAAGUCUCCAAAGAAGUCUACCUAAGUGAGAUCAGCCCUGCGAUUUAAUUAUUUUUUGUUCUUCUGAAUGCCUGAGCUAUAGUUUCCCACCAUGCAUUAUUCCAUACAGUUGUCUGAGCUUUUACUCAGAAGUAAACCCCACCAACUUGAGUGGGACAGACUUUGUAGCUGGUCCUGCAGCCUGCCACACAGCCCCACCUUGUGCACUUCUACUCCAAAGUAAGCCCAACAGAGUCCCAUUGGGCUUACUCCCAAGUAAGCAUGCGCAGGCUCGCAGCCCAAAUCCAUGCAGGUUUUGAUCGGCGCACAGCUAUUGUUAAAUUUCUCGCCGUGUUAUGGCAUUAGGGAUAAUCAUAUGUAUUUACAAUCUUACGAGUAAUUUGACUUAAUUAUCGUUAUGUGGGAUGCUAAUUUUUGGUGGGUGUUUUUUUAAUAGUUAUUAUUGUUUUCGUAAUGGGCUGCCUUCAGCGCUGGCAGCAAAGGAAGGGUAGCAUAGAAAAAGUUUAAUAUAAAUGAAUAAAUAAGGCAGGGGAAGGAUCUCAGGAAAUGUUUUUGCUGGGGAAAUGAUUCGAAAGUGGGAAGGUGUUUGCAGGAGCUGGGUGAGCAGAGAGAAGAGGGAAUAGAGCAGGCACCCCCAAACUCGGCCCUUUAGAUGUUUUGGACCACAAUUCCCAUCAUCCCUGACCACUGGUCCUGUUAGCUAGGGAUGAUGGGAAUUGUAGUCCCAAGACAUCUGGAGGGCUGGAGUUUGCCUGUGCCUGCUCAAACGCCUUGGUACUCAAACAACUUGGAACCCAAACGGUCUGCAAAUAUGUUGUUGUGUAGUCGUUUAUUUGUGUCCGACUCUUUGUGACCCCCUGGACCAGAGCACGCCAGGCACUUCUGUCUUCCACUGCCUCCCGCAGUUUGGUCAAACUCAUGCUGGUAGCUUCGAGAACACUGUCCCACCAUCUCGUCCUCUGUCGUCCCCUUCUCCUUGUGCCCUCCAUCUUUCCCAACAUCAGGGUCUUUUCCAGGGAGUCUUCUCUUCUCAUGAGGUGGCCAAAGUCUUGGAGUCUCAGCUUCAGGAUCUGUCCUUCCAGGGAGCACUCAGGGCUGAUUUCCUUCAGAAUGGAUAGGUUUUAUCGUCUUGCAUUCCAUGGGAGUCUCAAGAGUCUCCUCCAGCACCACAAUUCAAAAGCAUCCAUUCUUCGGCGAUCAGCCUUCUUUAUGGUCCAGCUCUCACUUCCAUACAUCACUACUGGGAAAACCAUAGCUUGAACUAUACGGACCUUUGUCGGCAAGGUGAUGUCUCUGCUUUUUAAGAUGCUGUCUAGGUUUGUCAUUGCUCUGCAAAUAUAAGGGUCUGCAUUUAAAUAUAAGGCUUUGCCUUAAAUGCAUGCAGUGGUACCUUGGUUCUCAAACGCAGGCAUAGGCAAACUCCGGCCCUCCAGAUGUUUUGAGACUACAAUUCCCAUAAUCAGCUAGGGAUCAUGGGAGUUGUAGGCCAAAACAUCUGGAGGGCCGCAGGUUGGGGAUGCCUGGCACAGAGAGUGAGGUUGGUGAGAGUGCUGCUGAUAACCCCAAGGUUGCAGGUUCGAUCCCUGUAAGGGACAGCUGUAUAUUCCUUUUUUUCUUUUCUUUGUAUUUAUUGUUUCAUUAAAUUGCAAAACAGCUUACAAACAAUAAAUAACGACAACAGAAAGGAAUGCAACAGAAUGCAACAAUGCAACGUAAAUCACAUAAAAUCCUAUAGAAUAGUUAAGAAAUUAAGCAAUUAAAAAUUACCAGUGAAACAAUCAGAAUCUAUGAACCGCGGUGAACCAAACAACUAAAAAGAUAAGCUAACCAGCCCAAAAACAACAAAAGUCCUAUUGUAGGAUUCACAGAGUACAACAAUAUUCAUAGAAUCAUAGAAUCCUAGAGUUGGAAGAGACCACAAGGGCCAUCGAGUCCAACCCCCUGCCGAGCAGGAAACACCAUCAGAGCACUCCUGACAUAUGGUUGUCAAGCCUCUGCUUAAAGACCUCCAAAGAAGGAGACUCCACCACACUCCUUGGCAGCAAAUUCCACUGUCAAACAGCUCUUACUGUCAGGAAGUUCUUCCUAAUGUUUAGGUGGAAUCUUCUUUCUUGUAGUUUGGAUCCAUUGCUCCGUGUCCGCUUCUCUGGAGCAGCAGAAAACAACCUUUCUCCCUCCUCUAUGUGACAUCCUUUUAUAUAUUUGAACAUGGCUAUCAUAUCACCCCUUAACCUCCUCUUCUCCAGGCUAAACAUGCCCAGCUCCCUUAGCCGUUCCUCAUAAGGCAUCGUUUCCAGGCCUUUGACCAUUUUGGUUGUCCUCCUCUGGACACCUUCCAGUUUGUCAGUGUCCUUCUUGAACUGUGGUGCCCAGAACUGGACACAGUACUCCAGGUGAGGUCUGACCAGAGCAGAAUACAGUGGCACUAUUCCUUCCCUUGAUCUAGAUGCUAUACUCCUAUUGAUGCAGCCCAGGAUUGCAUUGGUUUUUUUAGCUGCCGCGUCACACUGUUGGCUCAUGUCAAGUUUGUGGUCAACCAAGACUCCUAGAUCCUUUUCACAUGUACUGCUCUCAAGCCAGGUGUCCCCAUCUUGUAUUUGUGCCUCUCAUUUUUUUGCCCAAGUGCAAUACUUUACAUUUCUCCCUGUUAAAAUUCAUCUUGUUUGUUUUGGCCCAGUUCUCUAAUCUGUCAAGGUCGUUUUGAAGUGUGAUCCUGUCCUCUGGGGUGUUAGCCACCCUCCCAGUUUGGUGUCAUCUGCAAAUUUGAUCAGGAUGCCCUUGAGUCCAUCAUCCAAGUCGUUGAUAAAGAUGUUGAAUAAGACCGGGCCCAAGACAGAACCCUGUGGCACCCCACUAGUCACUCUUCUCCAGGAUGAGGAGGAACCAUUGAUGAGCACCUUUUGGGUUCGGUCAGUCAGCCAGUUACAAAUCCACUGAGUGGUAGCAUAGUCAAGACCGCAUUUUACCAGCUUCUUUACAAGAAUAUCAUGGGGCACCUUGUCAAAUGCCUUGCUGAAAUCAAGGUAGGCUACAUCCACUGCGUUCCCUUCAUCUACCAGGUUUGUAAUUCUGUCAAAAAAAUGAGAUCAGGUUAGUCUGACAUGACUUAUUUUUCAGAAAUCCAUGCUGACUAUUGGUGAUCACAGCAUUCCUUUCUAGGUGCUCACAGACUGUUUGCUUAAUGAUCUGCUCCAGAAUCUUCCCUGGUAUUGAUGUCAGACUGACCGGGCGGUAAUUAUUUGGGUCCUCUCUUUUCCCCUUUUUGAAAAUAGGGACAACAUUUGCCCUCCUCCAGUCUGCCGGGACUUCGCCUGUUCUCCAGGAAUUCUCAAAGAUGACUGCCAGUGGUUCUGAGAUCACAUCUGCCAGUUCUUUUAAUACUCUUGGAUGCAGUUCAUCUGGUCCUGGAGACUUGAAUACAUCUAGACUAGCCAAGUAUUCUUGUACUAUCUCCUUAGUUAUUCUGGGGUGUUUCCUCUGCUGAAUCAUUUGCUCCAAAUUCUUCAGGUCGGGCAUUGUUUUCUUUAUCGGAGAAGACUGAGGCAAAGAAGGCAUUGAGGAGUUCAGCUCUUUCUGUGUCCCCUGUUUGCAUUUCACCAUCUUCUCCUCUGAGUGACCCCACUGUUUCUUUGUUCUUCCUUUUGCUACUGAACAUACCCAUAAAAGCCUUUUUGUUGCUUUUAACCUCUCUAGCAAGCCUGAGUUCAUUCUGUUCUUUAGCUUUUCUGACUUUGUGUCUACACGUGCUGGCUAUUUGUUUGAAUUCCUCUUUGGUGGUUUCCUCCCUUUUCCAUUUUUUGUACACAUCCUUUUUUAAUCUUAACUCAGUUAAAAGUUCUUUAGAUAGCCACCCUGGCUUCUUUAGGCACCUUCCAUGUUUCCGUCUCAUUCGUAUUGCCUGGUAUUGCCUCAUAAAUUAGGAACUAAUGAAAUAGCAACCCAAAAAUAAGCUAAGCAGCCUUGGAUUCGCACACUCCCCACUCCUUUGACUCACAAUCUUAAUCUAAUUUGUUCUGUUCAUUCAAAGACACAUGCACAUUCCUGCAUUGCCCGGGGUUGGUCUAGAUGACCCUCAGGUUCCCUUCCAACUCUACAGCUCCAUGAUUCUACGAUUUUGCAUGCAGAGCAGGUGCUCCACCACUGACCCACCAGCACGUUCCCCUCCAUUUGCCUCCCCGAGGAGAUUCCCCGCUUUGACACCCUCCCCUUCCAGAGAUCCGAUGAUCCUGCACAUCUUAUCUCCUCCACUCCUGCCACCUUGCAGCCAUCUCUCGGGAAGGGGAGAGCAUGAGAGGUGGAACAGCUGCUCAUACUGGGAUUCCAUGCCAGGAAUUGUCACAAAGCCAGCAAUAAGAUUAAAGCAGAGUUCAGGCGCAGAGGCAAGAAAGUAGCCAUGAAAGAAGCCUCAAAGACUUUCUCCUUCUGUGCUCAGCAUGGCAGCACUAGAAUCAGAGAACUGAGGAUCAUCUAUUCCAACCCCCUGCAAGGCAGGAAUCAUUCGCCCAAUGCGGGGAUUGAACCCAUAACCUUUAGAUUUUUCUUCUUCUUUGGUGAUCCCUCAUAGCCAACUAAGAUUGUCUUCCAUAAACACGGCCUUAACAGUGACUGUGGAGGCCAAUUCUGGAUCCACACAUCCUUCCACAGUGGGGACAUAGGUUUCCAGGCGGGAGUUGAUCAUGGUGUGGAUUUGCCAAGUGUGCCUUCCUCUUAGCACGUUUCUCCCUUGUGUCCUGAGUUCGAGUGCCUUCAAAGCCCAUGACACCUUUGGUCAAGGCUGUUCUCCAACUGGAGCGCUUGCAGGCCAGUGUUUCCCAAUUGUUGGUGUUUAUACUACAUUUUUUAGACUUGCCUUGAGACAGUCUUUAAACCUCUUUUGUUGACCACCAGCAUUACGCUUUCCAUUUUUAAGUUGGGAAUAGAGUAGUUGCUUUGGAAGAUGAUCAUCAGGCAUCCGCCCAACAUGACCAGUCCAACGAAGUUGAUGUUGAAGAAUCAUUGCUUCAACACAGGUGAUCUUUGCUUUAUCCAGUACACUGGUAUUAGUUCUCCUGUCUUCCCAAGUGAUGUGUAAAAUUUUCCGGGGACACAAUUGAUGGAAUCUUUCGAGAAGUCGGACAUGGCGUUUAUAAGUGGUUCAUGUUUCACAAGCAUAUAUUAAGGUUGGUAGUACAAUAGCUUUGUAAACAAGCAUUUUGGUUUCCCUGCGAAUGUCCCAGUCCUCAGACACUCUGCGCUUCAAUCGGGAGAAAUCCAAACUUGCAGAGCUCAGGCGAUGCUGGAUUUUGGCAUCAGUGUCGGCCCUUGUGGAAGGAUAACUGCCCAGGUAGGAGAAAUGAUUGACAUUUUCCAACAUUGCACCAUUGAGUUGGAUUUAGGAGGAUCGAACCUGCAACCUUGUCAUGAUUAGCCAACUGAGCUAGUCAGUUGUCUAGAACCAGGGGAGUGCUGUGGCUCAGUGGUUAGAGCCCCUGCCUUGCUCACCCAAAGUCCCAGGAUCAAUCCCCAGCAGCACAGACUCGUAGAAGGCACCCGAAACAUCAUCUGGUCCAACUCCCUGCAAGGCAGAAGUCACCAUUCCAGGUAAGCCAGGUAGAGAGCCCUGCUUGAAAUCCCAUAGAGACUCCGUCGGUCCAUGUAGACAGUACUGAGGUGGAUAGACCGAUGGACCGACUUUGCUAUAAGGUCCUAGGUUCACAGUAAAUCAUCCUUCUAUUCAGAAUUGAGAUUUUAGUGCAUUUUUAGGGGGAGUGUCGUAGCUCAGAGCACCUGCUUUGCAAGCCAACGGUCCCAGGUGUUCGCUGGCUGUUCUGUUGGAAAUUGUAGCUGCGGUGGCUAAGUAGAACCUCCUUGGAUAGGCGCAGUGCACCUCAGAGUGCCAGAUAUUGGCGACAAACUUCAGGAAAGGGCUGUGGCCUUCAGGAGCGGCUUGUAGGCAUCUCGGAGGCAUUGAGGGGGCGGCACCUUCCAGAAACAGCAUCCUGCAUGGAUUUUAUGUGCAGCUGAGGUGUUGGCUGUGUCUGAUGUCACAGCAGACCAGUCUUCGCCAACUUGGGGCAUAUUGCCCAGUCAGCUGCAACCAUGGUUUAUCAGCGGCCUUUGAUACAAUUGACCAUAACAUCCUUCUGGACCAUCUAGAGGAGCUGGGAGCUGGGGGCACUGUCAUACGGUGGUUCCACUCCUUUCUUCUGGGCCGUGUCCAGAAAGUGGUGUUGGGGGAUGAGUGUUCAGACCCCUGGGCCCUCACUUGUGGGGUGCUUCAGGGUUCCAUCCUCUCGCCCAUGCUUUUCAACAUCUACAUGAAGCCGCUGGGAGAGAUCAUCAGGGAGAGAUCAUGCAGAUAAUACCCAGCUCUACCUCUCUUUCAAAUCAGAAGCAGUGAAGGCAGUGAAGGUCCUGUGUGAGUGUCUGGAGGCGGUUGGAGGAUGGAUAGCGGCUAAUGGAUUGAGGUUGAAUCCUGACAAGACAGAAGUACUAUUCUUGGGGGACAGGGAAUGGGCUGGUGUGGAGGACUCCCUGGUCCUGAAUGGGGCAACUGUGCCCCUGAAGGACCAGGUGUGCAGCCUGGGAGUCAUUUUGGAUUCACAGCUGUCCAUGGAGGCACAGGUCCAUUCUGUGUCCAGGGCAGCUGUCUCCUAGCUCCAUCUGGUACGCAGGCUGAGACCCUCCCUGCCCGCGGACUGUCUCGCCAGAGUGGUGCAUGCUCUAGUUAUCUCCCACUUGGACUACUGCAAUGCGCUCUACGUGGGGCUUCCUUAGAAGGUGACCCGGAAACUACAACUAAUCCAGAAUGUGGCAGCUAGACUGGUGACUGGGAGCGGCCACCGAGACCCCAUAACACCAAUCCUGAAAGACCUACAUUGACUCCCAGUACGUUUCCGAGCACAAUUCAAAGUGUUGGUGCUGACCUUGAAAGCCCUAAAUGGCCUCAAAGGCCCAGUAUGCACCACUCUGGCAAGACAGUCUCCGGGCAGGGAGGGUCUCAUCCUGCAUACCAGAUGGAGCUGGAAAACUGCUGCCCUGAACACAGAAUGGACCUGCACCACCGACAGAAACCACAGGUAUUCUCCUCCCAGAAUUUGUCCAAUCCUCUCGGAGGCAGUUUCCCAAGGACAUGGGGAAAAGCUUGCCCCUUCUCUCCUGAUGAUUAAUUCACCCGUUCCAGAGGCGCCAUGUUCUGGCAGUGGGAGACAGAUGUGGAGACCCAGUGAGACCCUGCUGUGGAGGCACAGAUACCUUGUUUCUUUGAAGGCUGAUGCUGGCUAAUCCUUUCCGCUGGCAGAAUGAUGGAUCCUGCUCUCUCCCCUCCCCGGCCGGAUCAAUCCAUCUUCCCGCCAGGUCGCCUGGGCCACGUGCGAUCUGCGUGUCGUUCCCCCCCCCCAACAUAUCCUCUCCCCCCCUCCUGUCUUUCCCACCCCCAGAAAAUUGCAGCUGUUGGUGACACGGUUCUAUAAUUCUUGGCUAAUUGCCUGCUGCUCCUCAGGCCUCUCCAUCACUCGCUCCUGCUAAUAAAUGGGAACUAAUCGAGUGCUCUGCAGAAGUGCGGCACUUCAGCAGUCCGUGGACCACUUUGCAAGCCCCCCCCCCCACCGCCUCUCCCGCCCGGAUCCUCUGCAUCCCUCGCCUGCCAGGGCAUAGAAAGGUGCUGAGCAUCUGUCUUCUCCUGCCCCACCUCUGUUUAAUUUCACUUUAUUUUUAAUUUAUUUAUUUGGUUGUUGUUUUUUCAACUUACAGCUUUACAAUCACAUAAAAACAACAUACUGGUGGGACGCAGGUGGCGCUGUGGGUUAAAACACAGAGCCUAGGACUUGCCGAUCAGAAGGUCGGCGGUUCGAAUCCCCACGACGGGGUGAGCUCCCGUUGCUCGGUCCCUGCUCCUGCCAACUUAGCAGUUCGAAAGCACGUCAAAGUGUAUGUAGAUAAAUAGGUACCACUCUGGCGGGAAGGUAAACGGCGUUUCCGUGCGCUGCUCUGGUUCGCCAGAAGCGGCUUAGUCCUGCUGGCCACAUGACCCGGAAGCUGUACGCCAGAUCCCUUGGCCAAUAAAGUGAGAUGAGCGCCGCAACCCUAGAGUCGGUCACAACUGGACCUAAUGGUCAGGGGUCCCUUUACCUUUACCUUAUCCAACAUACAUCAUCAUCAUCAUCAUCAUCAUCAUUAUUAUUAUUUUAAUUUCUAUACUGCCCUAUACCCGAAGGUCUCAGGGCAGUUUACAUAAAAUAUCAAAUACAGUCAUACUUCGGGUUACAGCCGCUUCAGGUUGUGAUUUUUCAUGUUACAGACCGCCGAUACCCGGAAGUACUGGAACGGGAUACUUCCGGGUUUCCGCGGUCGCACAUGUGCAGAAGUGCUAAAUUGCGCUUUGCGCAUGCGCAGAAGCGCCGAAUCGCAACCUGCGCAUGCACAGACGUGGGUUGCGAACGCUGCAGGUUGCGAACGUGCAUCCCGCAUGGAUCACGUUCGCAACCCGAGCGUCCGCUGCACGUAAAAUCAAAACAAAACCAACAACCCAAUAAUAAUAAUAACCCAAAAGUACCAGCAUUUUUAAAAAGGGUAUAGGAUGUAGAUGGAGUCAGGCAAAGGCUGAAGAAGAACGUUUCUGCCUGGCGCCUAAAGGUGUAUAGUGAAGGUGCCAGGCGAACUUCCUGGGGAGAGCAUUCCACAGACAGGGAGCCACUGCAGAAAAGGGCCCGUUCUCGUUUUGACGCCCUCCGGACCUCUUGCAGAGGAGGCACACGAAGAAGAUAAAAACAAGAUUAAAGGAAUCUCCGGGACUUCCCCCCUCCCCUUUGUGGUCCUAUUCUUAGUCAUUUCCUCUUGCAUCUUUUAUAAUAAUCCAAAUCUUUUACAUCUUCAUUAUAUCCACAGUUCAACAUUAAACUACAAGUGUUAUUCCAAUCCUACUAACAAUUUUAACUGUUUACAAUGGUUUUUAAGAUAAUUUCCCCCAAUAUUUAUUAAAAUUUUGGACUUCCUGAUUUCUGAUUUUUCCAGUCGUUUUUGCCAUUUUGGCAUAAUCCAUCAACUUGAUCUGCCAUUCUUCUCUGGUCGGGACCUUAUCUUCUUUCCAUCUCUGGGCCAAUAAUAUUCACGCAGCCGUGGUCGCAUACAUAAAUAGUCUUUUCUGCUCCAUUGGGAUUUCGGCACCUAGUAUUCCUAAAAGAAAGGCUUCGGGGGUUUUUUAAGAAAAAGUUAUUUUAAACAUUUUUUUCCAAUUCAUUAUAUAUCAUUUCCCAACUCCGUUUUAAGUAAAGAUGCCAGGUAGGGAUAGAAUCAUGGAAUUGUCGAGUUGGAAGGGACCCGCUGCAAUGCCGGAAUCUCAGCUAAAACAUCCAUGGCAGGUGAGAAUCCAACCUCUGCAUUAAAACUUCCAAGGAUGGAGAGUUCACAAGCUCCCAAGAGAGACCAUUCCACUGUCGAAGAGCUCUUACUGUCAGAAAGUUCUUCCUGACAUUCAGUCGGAAUCUCCUUUGGUGCAAUGUGAAGCCAUUGGUUCAGGUCGUCUGGGCUCAGAGUGGCUGGAGCAAGCCAGUAAGAAGGGAGCAAGGAUUCUUCAACAGCAACUUCGCUGGACUGGUCAUGUUGUGCGGAUGCCUGAUGAUCGUCUUCCAAAGCAACUCCUCUACUCCAAACUUAAAAAUGGAAAGUGUAAUGCUGGUGGUCAACAAAAGAGGUUUAAAGACCGUCUCAAUGCAAAUCUUUAAAAAUGUAGUAUAAACACCAACAAUUGGGAAACAUUGGCCUGUGAGCGCUCCAGUUGGAGAACAGCCUUGACCCAUGGUGUCCUCGGCUUUGAAGACACUUGAACUCAGGACGCAAGGGAGAGACGUGCUAAGAGGAAGGCACGUUUGGCAAAUCCACACCGUGAUCAACUCCCGCCCGGAAACCAAUGUCCCCACUGUGGAAGGACGUGUGGAUCCAGAAUUGGCCUCCACAGUCACUUACGGACUCACUGUUAAGAUCGUGUUCAUGAAAAACAAUCUUACUCAGAUAUGAGUGAUCGCCAAAGAAAAAGAAUAUAUGGUGAUGAUGAUGAUGAUUCAGAAAAGCAGAAACAAACUUCUUCCAUCUUCCAUGUGACUUCAGAUAUUAGAGGAUGGCUAUCCUAUCUCCUCUCAGUUUCCUCUUUUCCAGGCUAAACAUGCCCAACUCCUUCAACCGUUCCUCGUAAGGCUUGGUUUCCAGACCCUUGAUCAUUUUGGUCACCCUCCUCUGCCAUCUCCCAGUAUAAAAAGGGCUGUCAUGUGAAAGAUGGAACAAGCUUGUUUUCUCCUCCUCUGGAGGGUAGGACUCUAACCCAUGGCAUCAAGUUACAAGAAAGGAGAUUCCGACUAAACAUUCCUUUCUGACAGUAAGAGCUGUUCGACAGCGGAACGGCCUCCCUUGGGAUGUGGUGGACUCUCCUUCCUUGCAGAUUUUUAAGCAGUGGUUGGAUGGCCAUCUACAAUGGAUGCUUGAGUUGAGAUUCCUGCAUUGCAGCGGGUUGGACUAGAUGACCCCUGGGUCCCUUCCAACUCUACAAUUCUAUGAUUUUGUGAAAGUUACAUCAUCAUAAUAAUAAUAAAUUUUUAUUUACACCCCACCCUUUCCGGUUCAAAAACCGGGCUCAGGGCGGCUAACAACAAAUUUAAAACACUUAAUUAUAAAGACAUCAUAUAAUACAAUGUGAAAACAUGAAUGACAAUAAAAUUCAAAAAUCAAUUUGAUAAUCUCCAGGGCUAGCUGGCUGAAUUGGUCCUACUUGGGCCAGCAAGGAGGCCAGGGGAGAAUUAGCUGUGGGGUCUCAGAGCAGGUGAUCUUCAUAAAAGGGGAGGGAGAGGGAAGAGAAGGGAAGGGAAAUAAAAGAUCAGGCUGAAUUCUAAUUAAAGGCCAGGUGGAAUAGCUCUGUCUUACAGGCCAAGCGGAAGGAGGUUAAAUCCUGCAGGGCCGUGGUCUCCUGGGACAGAGCAUUCCACCAGGUGGGAGCCAUCACUGAGAAGGCCCUGGCCCUGGUGGAGGAUACUCUGAUUUCCUUAGGGCCCGGGACCUCUAAACUGUGGUUAUUCAUGGACCUUAAUGUCCUCUGCGGGGCAGACCAGGAGAGGCGGUCCCGUAGAUACGAGGGCCCUAAGCCAUGCAAGAAUGAGGCCCGUGAGAGAGGAAGGGGUGGCUGGGUGCUGUUUCUAACCCUCAAUUUGUUUGAUCCCAAUGUCUCCUUCUCUCCUCGCCCCCCCAGGAUGAUCCCCUCGUCCAGCAAGACCUUCCUGGUGAAUGACUUGGCAGCCGGACGGGACUACGACCUGUGCGUCCUGGCCGUCUACGACGAUGGGGUGACGUCCCUGACGGCCACCCGGGUGGUGGGCUGCGUCCAGUUCACCACGGAGGGCGAGGCCACCCAGUGCCACUCACUGCACACCCAGUUCCUGGGGGGCACCAUGAUCAUCAUCAUCGGGGGCAUCAUCGUGGCCUCCGUCCUGGUCUUCAUCAUCAUCCUCAUGAUCCGGUACAAAGUCUACAGCGGGCAGGAGGAGCACAAGAAAGCCAAAGUCAGCAACGUCUACUCGCAGACCAACGGGAACCAGCCUCACGCCCACGCCCUUCCCCGCUCGGCCUCCAAGGACAAAUACGAGACUCUCCAAGAAGUGGCUUCCAAGGAGCCUCCUCCGAGGGGGGACGCUGCAGGAGAGGCGCCCAGCCGCCAAGACGUUGCCUUGACGGAGCUGGACAGCCGAGGAGGCUCCAAGAUGGCCACCAGCCUCCAGACGGUGGCCAUCUUGUCUUCUGACGAAGGGCAGGCAGAAGGUGCCCUGAGGGGCUCAACGGUUUCCUUGUGCUUGGUCAAGGACGCCGGGUCGGGGCCGUUGCGGGCCAAGAUGGGCGUUGGUGGCGGCUUGGUGGGAUUCCCCACGCGCGAGUUGUCCAGGACUCACCAUCACCGGCACUCCUUCGACGGGGACUACUCGCUGUUUCAGAGCCACAGCUACCCGCGCCGGGCACGGACAAAGCGACACAUGUCCACCUCCCAAUUGAACUCGGACGAGGACCCCCUGAGCCACAGGAGGGUCACUUUUAGCAGCACAGAAUGGAUGCUCGAAAGCACAGUCUGA